AUGUCUCGUGGAAAACCCUAUGACGCUCCCAACAGAGGCAACACGCCCGAGCAAGAGGAACCCAGAGGCCGCGCUCGUAUCCGUGACGCCGAUGGCCAGUUUCCUGUCUUGAGCCCCCCCCGCGGCCGACCCGUCUCGCCUGCCUCAUCGCGUCGUCUGCUCGUUGGCUCCGCCUUGGACCGUCGCCCUCUCGACCCCCUCCAUGGUCGUGGUGCUGAUGGCGUGCCUGUUCCCGACCUCCGUCGCGUCUCUGACACCGCCGCUCAUCACUUUCGUCACCGUGACUACACUGCGACUACCGUGGCUCCGAUUGACAUCCCCGGUGCUGCCGAAAGCCAGCGUGGCCUGCCCGCUCGCCGCCGCACCUACGGAAGCGACGACGAGGACAGCCUCAGCCCUGAAGAUAGUGGCUUCGGUCGGCUUCCCUAG